AUGCCUCACUAUCCUGACGAGAUCGAGUACUCUGAUAAAUAUUAUGAUGAUGAGUAUGAAUACAGACAUGUUAUGCUCCCAAAAACUAUUUAUAAGAAAAUGCCAAGAGGAAGUCUCCUAGCUGAAUCUGAGUGGAGAGAGCUCGGAGUCCAACAAAGCAGAGGUUGGGCUCACUACGAAAUUCAUAAGCCAGAACCCUUCAUUCUUCUCUUCAGAAGACCUCUAGGUACUGAUCCUCUCACUGGUAAAGUUACAGAAGCUGCUUAAUCACUCCGGAAGAUUGGAUGGAGAAGGACUCAUGCUAUAAUUUAUAGACUGAAUCCAUAGUUAUUGAGUAUAAGUGACAUCAGGCUUCAAUGAUAAUCCACUCUAUUUCUUCUUAAUAAAAUUCAUC